UCCAAUGUCUUUCGAUAAAUUAUAGCCUGUCAUUAAGUAAAUUGAUAUGAGUGAUGAAAUGUAAAGAGAAGUCAUAGAAGUUUCCAGAUAAGCAAUAGAUAAGAGUUCAACUGUAUAAGAAUAUAUAAUUGUAGGAUCAAUAAAUUGCAUCAUAUAUUAAGGAUGAAUUAAGAGCAAAAUAUCAUGGAACAUGGCAUUGUAUUGUAGGAAGAAACUUUGGAUCAUAUGUAACUCAUGAAACAAAACAUUAUAUAUAUUUUUAUAUUGGAUAACUGGCCAUCAUGCUCUUCAAAACAGGAUGAA